CCAAUAUCAAAGAUGUCGAGCAUUUGCUCGCUGCACUUCAAACCUGAAGAUUUUACCAGACGGUAUACUAGUUUGCAAGGGAAAAUAAGUAGACUGGUGUUUGUCGAAGUUGGUGUGUUUGCUUUUCCUUCUGUUCAUCUCUUAGAAAGGCUGAUGAAAGAAAGUGUGCCUUCUGAAAGGAACGUAGACAGGUUGUUAGAGAUAUUUUGUCUAGCACAGAAGCAGGUCCUUGCUCUUCUAGUCAAGACACUUUUGGAGCUGAAAGUGCUACCUCUUUGGAAGACAGUCAUACUGAUGUUGAAUUUGUUGAUGAUGUCUUGCAAGUUCAAACAAUUGCAGUACAAGCAGAAGUACAGGCAAUGUGUUCAAUACAAAGAAAACAUGAGAAAAAAAGAAAUUACGUAAACUGGUGGAACAGUAGUAAAAUGUGUCAAGGUGGACAAUCAGAAUGAGGAAGAAAAGCAGGAUGGUAGUGAUGAUGAUAACAUGGAUAUGGAUAUUGACAUUGGUAGUGAGAUGGAAAAUGAAGGUUCUGACAACUAUGACAUUGAAACAGAUUCUUCAUUGUGUCUAAGUUCAGCAGCUAACUGAAAAUAGUCCUUUAAGGUCUCUUCACCUACCCUUAAUUUUUUAUUCUUUUCAUUUGAUAAAUGCUUUCAUAUUUGCUCAAUCUGCAGAGGUCCUGAUCCAAAAUGUC